AUGGCUGUGAACCGACUCGGUCUCGGCAUGAACCGUAUUUCGAACCAUGCGGUACUGAAGAAAUGGAAAGUGGCGGAUGUUGCACUUUGCGUGCUGUUUUACGUUAUUAACAUCCCUAUCUACUAUGCAAAACCAUUCGAACGGCAGUUUUACCUGAGCGACCCCACACUGUCGCACCCACACGCUGCCACACAGAGAGUGGGCAACACAGCGCUGUUUAUGUACAGUAUGGUGGUGCCAGUGGUCACGAUUGUGGCGAUUUCAAUGCUCAUGGGCGACCCAAAGCACCGGACGUAUUUGAUGUACAUCUCGUUGCUGGGGCUCGUUUUGUCGUGGACGGCCACAAAUCUGCUUACGGAUUUCCUCAAAAACUGGAUUGGGAGGCCUCGUCCGGACUUUCUGGCACGGUGCAUGCCCAAGGAAGGCACACCCCUAGACGUGCUGGUCACCGCGUCGGAAGUAUGCACUAGCAAAAAUCUGGGCCGUCUGAUGGACGGGUUCCGCUCCACGCCCAGUGGCCACUCCAGUGAGAGCUUCGCCGGGCUUGGGUAUCUCUCGUUGUGGCUAGCAGGCCAGCUACUGGUCGAAAACCCCGGUGUCAGCCAGAUGAGAAGAACCGUGGCUUCUUUGCCCGCCAUUGGCGCUGCAACCAUCGCUAUCUCCAGAACUGAAGACUACAGACACCAUUUCAUCGACGUAAUUCUUGGCAGUUGCAUCGGAAUGUACAUCGCCUACAAAGUGUAUUUCGCCAACUUCCCAGCUCUAUCGAACGAACUGUCUUUUAAACCCCUUCUUGACGAUAGCGAUGUUGAACUUUCGCAAAAUGUUCUAGACAGAGUUGUCGAUGAGGAAGCCGCACCAUUCACAGCGAACUAA